UUUUUAUUUUUUAUAGUAUAAUAUUAAUAAAGCAUUUUUCUACAACACAUUUAUAGGACCCAAGUUACCCAACAUAAAAAUUGUUAGUCCCACUCAAACAUGGUAGGUCGCACUCAAAUAUGAGGUGAGAAAUUGGCCGGCGAUCUCCAAGGUUGGGCAGGUGGGACCGUGGGUGGGCUCCCGAAAUGCUGCAAGACAGCUUUCUGUAGAACGCUGUAGUGCACUAUCACAAGUGUUCAAAGUAUUUUUAACGGUUCGAAUUAAAAACGAAUUCUUUUAAAAAAAAGUUAACUUUUCUGUAACUCUUUCCCGAAAGAAUUUUGUUUUCAAGCCGAACGAUUAAUUAUCGAGAUAAACCAUCCGGAUGAGCCUCUGCCUUGCAAUAUCCGAAUUGGCGUUAAGAUCUUCCAAGAUGGGGCAUGUGGAUAAAACGUGCAAUCCCCCCGCCAAUCACAACUCAAAGAAAUCUAAACCCCACCCCCCACACCCUCUCUCUCUCCACACAAAAAGUUAAAUCAAACCACCCCAGUCAGUCCCAAUCGCUCCAACGGCCCCUCAAACGUAGAACAAACGACCUUUCGAACACUGGACUCCCCCCCCCCCCCCCAAAAAAAAAAAAAAAAAAAACCUCCGUGCGAAGCUGAUCCACUCGUUACGGUCUCGUCAUUUUGUGCGAUUCAAUUCUCGCCGCUAAUGGCUGUUUCCACCGCAUUCACACGGCCGGUGAAGCUCGAGGCUCUACUCCACAUCAACAAUACUGCCGCGGUCGCCGCCUCAUCGCCAGCGGUGGCGUUGUCGCCGUCUCAAGUUCGCAUGCCCUUAAAACCAACUCGGACUACUAAACGAGCCGCAAUUAGGUGCGAGGUUGCUUCCAAUCUCUUAGUUGAAACCACUGAUCACGAUGUCAAUUCUGAUCAAUCAGCUUAUACUUCUUCAAGUAUCUCUGCUCUCGAACAACUCAAGACCUCCGCCGCGGACAGGUAUACGAAGGAAAGGAGCAGUAUUGUAGUUAUUGGGCUCAGUGUCCACACUGCACCUGUUGAAAUGCGUGAGAAACUCGCGGUUCCUGAACCCGAAUGGCCUCGAGCCAUUGCAGAGCUGUGUAGUUUGAAUCAUAUAGAAGAAGCUGCUGUUCUUAGUACCUGCAACAGGAUGGAGAUAUAUGUUGUUGCCCUCUCUCAACAUCGUGGUGUAAAAGAAGUCACUGACUGGAUGUCAAAGACAAGUGGGAUUCCUGUAUCAGAGAUUUGUCAGCACCGGUUUUUACUGUACAACAAAGAUGCCACACAGCACAUCUUUGAAGUAUCAGCAGGGCUAGACUCCUUGGUCUUAGGAGAAGGCCAAAUCCUAGCCCAGGUCAAACAAGUUGUUAAAGUAGGUCAAGGGGUCACUGGCUUCGGUAGGAACAUCAGCGGACUAUUCAAGCAUGCAAUCACUGUAGGCAAACGCGUAAGAACUGAGACUAACAUUGCAGCGGGGGCUGUUUCAGUUAGCUCGGCUGCUGUCGAGUUGGCCUUAAUGAAGCUUCCGGAAUCCUCUCACUCUAGGGUGAGGAUGUUGGUGAUUGGAGCAGGCAAGAUGGGGAAGCUUGUGAUCAAACACUUGGUAGCAAAAGGAUGCACUAAGAUGGUGGUAGUGAAUAGAACUGAGGAGAGAGUAGUUUCCAUUCGCGAGGAAUUAAAGGAUGUUGAGAUAAUUUACAAACCCCUUUCGGAAAUGCUAGCCUGUGCUGCAGAAGCAGAUGUUAUUUUCACCAGCACUGCAUCAGAUACACCCCUUUUUUUGAAACACCAUGUAAUCGAUCUUCCAACGGCUAUUCAGGAAGUUGGGGGUGUGAGGCUUUUCAUUGACAUAUCUGUCCCUAGAAACGUGGGUUCUUGUGUUACAGAUGUAGAAACUGCUAGAGUUUACAAUGUGGAUGAUCUGAAGGAGGUUGUGGCCGCUAAUAAGGAGGAUAGGCUACGAAAAGCAAUGGAAGCUCAGGAAAUCAUUUCGGAUGAGUCAAAGCAAUUUGAAGCGUGGAGGGAUUCAUUGGAGACUGUUCCCACAAUCAAGAAAUUGAGAGCAUAUGCGGAAAGAAUUAGAGUCGCGGAGCUAGAAAAAUGCUUAUCGAAGUUGGGCGAUGACAUCUCAAAGAAAACGAUGAAGGCUGUCGAUGAUCUUAGCAGGGGGAUAGUUAACAAGCUCCUUCAUGGCCCAAUGCAGCACCUAAGGUGCGAUGGGAGUGAUAGUCGGACUCUUAGUGAGACCCUUGAGAACAUGCACGCGCUAAACAGAAUGUUUAGUCUUGAGAUAGAGAUAUCUGUUUUGGAACAGAAGAUUAGAGCCAAGGUGGAGCAAACCCAAAAGUAAAGCUCCUAUUCCAAACUUCUUUGUCUAUACUUGUCUUCACUUUAAUAUGAAUAAGAUGAAAGCUUCAUCACCCUGUUGUUAGCACUUGUACUGUAUGUAACUUCAUUUUGGAUAGAAACCAGUAUGAGGUCCCUGAGCGUGCGUGAUCUUCUACCUUUCCCUUUCAUUUAUUGGUGGUCGUCACUUCCUCUAAUAUGGAGUUCUUUCAUGUGGUUAUUGUGAGCCUUAAAGUGUCCACUCGGCAUUGUAAAAUGUAGUAUAUGGUUGAGGCUUGAUCUGUGUACCAAAUGAUUCGUCUCAAGUCUGUCUGUGUAUGAAAUACUAUCGAUCCUUGUACAUUGUAACAAUUUACUGAUUAAUUGAAGAUUGAGGCUUGCUUAUGACCA